CCGCAUUUUACUGAAUUUUCUCUAUAGGCAGAAAUUGAAAAGAGAAUAAGGCAGCGCCUAGACUUAAGGCAAGCCUAUGAAGAGCAAUUUGCUGUAAAGGCAGCAGCACAACAAGCCAUGAGAGAAGAGGAGGAAGCUCUCCGGCAGCGGAUUUUGGCCAAGCUGGCUGAGGAUGAUCGCAUUGAGCAGCUGAAUGCGCAGAAACGGAGAAUGAAACAGCUUGAACACAAAACGGCCGUGGAAAAAAUUCUUGAGGACCGUCGCAGACAGUGUAUUGCAGAAAAAGAACGUGAACUUGAAGAAAGAGAUUUAGAGAAGAGAAGACAAGAAAGUAUCCGUGCAAUUAUUGAAGAAGAGAGACAGAAACUCUUGAAAGAGCAUGCAUGGAAAUUGUUGGGUUAUCUUCCUCGAGUAAGUGAAUGCUAUUUUAAAUAUUUUUAAUGUCU